AAAAAACAUACAAUUGCCAAUAUUCUUAGCCAAUGCCGAAACACAUAAAGGCCAUUGUUUUGAAGAUUUACUGAAGGAUGUGCAAUAAGAAGAAAGCAGUUAAAGAUUCUCGUUUUAUUUUCGAUCCCCAAGCGCGGACACAUGAAGUAUGGGACUUCAAAGUACAUGAAUAUUAUAAUACAAGUGCGAUGUUCUCUAACGAUAUAGCAAUUAUAUUGGUACACGAUGAAUUCAAGUUCGAUGAGAACGUAAAGCGUGCUGUUCUAUGCGAUACAGAUGCUUGGAUGAAUGAAAGAGAAAUCUUCGAAGCCACCGGCUGGGGAGAGAUCAAGUACAAAGGUGAGUUAUCUAACAGUGGAUUGAUGAAGACUCAUCUUCGAUACGUGCCACCUAAUAAAUGUAUGGAGGCGAACAGAGUUGUCCUAACUCCUGACAUAUUCUGUUUGUUCGGUGACGGUCAGAGGGACACCUGUAAAGGGGAUUCCGGCGGAGGAAUAUUGUGGAAUAAUGUAAUAGUUGGCAUUGUGUCCCAUGGUAGUGGCUGUGCUGUCGCCCCGGCGAUGUACACAAACGUGUUUUACUUCAGGACCUGGAUACUCAAAACUGUUCGGAAGCUCAACGAAAUGUAUUGUCGCUUUCAUAAAUCCCGUAGUCACUUUAAACCAUGA